AGUUUCAUUUCUGGUCUUUGUGGAAUUCUGUUGUGUUUUCGUUCGGUUGUUGUAUCUGCGUAUCUCAUAGAUUCGUUUCACGGCGGAUUAAAAAACAUUUUCGUUUUCGUUCAACAAAGUGUUUUGUUACAAGUGUAAACUCAUAUUGCGGGGCCACCCCACCGUUACCACAGUUUAAUAAACACAAUCAACUGGUGGUCGUUGACACAAAGCGAACGAUGUGCAUUUUUAUAGUGCAAUAUGAAUGCAAGAAAAAAUAAAAGAAAGAUGUUCUUGUAUUAAUGAAAUUUUACUACAAAGUGCCAUGUAAUAUAUAUAUAUAUUCAUUAAUGAUAUGUAUAAUGUUUAAUUUGUGAAUUGAUAAUUAAAUAAAUGCUAUAGCAGACAACAAGUUGUUCUACUACAAUGUCGGCAAAGCACAAUGGAUCGCUAUUGUUGUUGGUCUUGCUUGUCUAUGGUGUGGCUACAGCUGUUAGUGGCAGAGGACAAGAAGAGGAAAACUUUGGCGGCCACCAGGAACAUUUAGCGGUUUUGCCCAACCCUAAUGUCAUAUAUGGCAAUGCCAACGGCAACAACUUACAGACCACAACAGAAACAGCCAAUCCCAACAGUACCAUAAAUCAUAUGGAAUCAACACCGGACUUUUGCUUUACCAUGGAAGAGAAUAUGUGCCUUAAUUUUUUUAACAGCAACCCCAACAAUAACAAUACCAACCAUCAUCACCUUGGGCAUGGUGGUGUAAAUGCUUGCAUGUGUCGUCAGUAUUCCAACUCGAAUGCCACCCAUAAUAAUUGGUAUUGCUGCAACAUUACACAACUGACCAUGAUCUCGUCCUGUCCCAACUAUAGUAAUUGGACAAAUUUACAUAUCUACAAUAUGACAAUGACGGAAAUCGAUUUGUCAUCGCCCAUAUUUCAAACGCUACAAUCAUUGGCUAUUACGCAUGGCAAUAUAACCAGCACUGUGAAGACAUUCUCCCGCAUGUCCAAGGUGAAAUGCCUCAACCUAUCCAAUAAUAAUCUAUCGAAUGUAACGAUGAAGACUUCGGUGAUGUUGAAGUUUUUGAAUUUGUCCAACAAUAAUCUAACGGAAAUACCGAAAAUAACACAGAACCACAAUAUCACACUUGACAUAAGGAUGAACAAACGUAUGCUAUGCAAUAAUCUGAUGGCUACCAUAUUCCGGGGUUCCUUCAAAUUUGUUGCUCCAAAUAGUACCUACUGCUUAUUGGAUUCAGCCUUCAAUUGGUUCAACUCAACGGAUUAUAUAGCGAUAAGUCAGUUGGAUAUCAUACGAAGAUUCUACACAGAUUGUCCGGUAAUACAGGGAAAAGGAAAUUGUACCUGUGAUCCAGAACACAUGCUUUCAGCUGGUGAUCCUUCAAAAAAUAAAAUUUUUUGCCGUGUGGACUGUUCGAAUUUGGGUUUAACGGAAUUGCCACCAAAAUUGCCUGAAAAUACAUUUCAAUUAAAUAUUACCAACAAUAAUAUUAGUGUCAUUGGUGAUCACUUUCACAAUAAUCCCACAUACCAAAGUAUUGUGAAGCUUUUUGCUGAUAAUAAUCGCAUUGAGUCAAUGCACGAUUUGGAAGGCACACAAUUUAUGGAUCAUUUCCAAAAGUUAUAUUUGCGUAAUAACCAUUUAAAAAGGCUUCCCGAAUAUCUGCUGACAAAUGUCCUAGAUAGUAAUGUUGGCCGUGUUAUCUUUUUGGGUGGCAAUAAACUAAUGUGUGACUGCAACUCGGCCAAAGUUUUGAAGCUAUGGCUAUUGAAGAGAAGCCGCGACAUACCCGAUUACAACGAAAUAAUGUGCCGUAACAUGCCGCAACGUAUUAUGGAAUUACAGGAAUUAAAAGUAUGCCAAUCGCCUCAUGAUUGGACAGACUAUGUUUAUUAUUUAAUAGCCACCGAAGUAAUACUCUUGAUAGCAUUGAUAACAAAAGUUUCCUACGAUUAUUGGGUGUUCAAAACUGCUGGCUAUUUGCCAUGGCCGGCGAGUAAAAUGCCAAAAUUACCAUGUGAUUGGCUUUGUGAGUCAUAAUUAGUUUUUUAGUUAUAAGAAAUAGAAAGUAAUAAGCUUUAAAUGUUAAACAUGCUAAAACGACGAGCAUGUGUAACUUUUUUUGGAAACAAAGUGCCUAAAUAAUUUUAUAAUUUUACAAAAAAAAAAAAAAAAACAAGCAACUA